UCGUCGUAUUUGAAAUUACAUUUUGUUAAAUAUUUUUCAGAGGAGCACAUACAGUUUAACAAACGAAGAAGCAUUUGCAUUGUGUAACAGCUCGAUUUAUAAUACUCCAGCAGUUAUGCAGUUUCCAGACUAUCUUGCGGAAGAAGAUCCCGACAUCAUUGUUGAUCAAUGUGUUUAUGAUUUGACCCAUGGAAAUGAUACAGGUUGGAUAGACGCGCAUGUCACAAAUGUCAACAAUGUCGCAGAUACUGUUCUAAACCUCAAUCCUGUAUUUGUUGCAAAUAAUACAGAUAAGGUUAACACAUUUCGUUCACAGAUAUGUUUGAACAAUUGUAGUGGUAAUGGUGACUGUCUUGAAACAGGAGUAUGUGAAUGUAAUGGAACAUUCCGCGGACCAGACUGUAGUGAUGACAUAAGAAUACCUCCUGUAGUUUAUGGAAUAGAAGGAAACGGAAUCUGUGAAAUCACAGAAGAGGAUGACUGUACUUGUUUCGAAAUCAGAUCUGACAACAUAUUUGAUGGUUUUAUGUGUGAUAUAAGUCAACAAAGGGUAUAUCUCAAUGGUACUCAAGUUAAGAUGGAACAAUCUGUUCAUACUGGCUACUAUGAAGAUAUCUUCACUGGCGAGUGUUGCACACCUGAAAGUAGAAAAAGGCGAUCUGAAGGAAUCAACGAUGAUGAUCAUUUUGUUAUCUCGUAUGUUAUUUCUGUCAGCAAUGAUGGUGCUGCCUAUGGUGAAAUCAACACCGUCUUUGUCUAUGAUACUACAUGCUUGACACAAAGUACAAGUCAAGGAAAUAUCACCAUUCAAUUAAAGGAUGGCUACUGCUUUAUCAACGGGAUGUGUGUAGUUCGUAACUUUUUGUCGGCGGUCGAUUGCUUAUUUUGUGAUCCGGCAUCAAACCUUUACAGAUGGACAAUUGGUACCUGUGAAGAGAGAGAUUCACAAAUGACAACAGAAAGGAUAAUUGGAAUCGCUAUUGGACAAGUUCACGACUCCAGCGUAAGGCUUCAAACAAAAGUGUCAAGUAUACAAGCUCUUCCCGGAGAUCUUCCUGGAGCUCUUCCCGGAGCUGGGAAAACCUCAUUCACGUAUAACAAACACAAAAUAUAG